AAUACUACCGUCGGUUACACUGGCUGGUCGGGAACUCUGGUCGGGUGUCGAACGAAAGCUCUCCGUGUUCCGGGGGCCGCGUGUAUUUUCGUGCGGUGCGGGCCUCUCUCCCUCGGGUUCCUUUUCGUUCGCCGACGGUCUCGCGCGUUCGCUAGUCGACUAGAGGCGUUCGAGCUCGAUCUGGCGCGCGCGGGCUGAUCACCGAAACCUGGAAACGAAACGAAGAAGGGAGAGGGGGGGUUGUUCGUCGCUCCGUUAUCUCCGUCGAUCUGGCUGGCUGGUUGGUUGAUUUCGCUCUCGUCUCGUCUCGUCUCUCGUCUCUCGCCGCCGCGUCUCUCGCCUCCUCUCCCUCUGGUUCGAUCCCGAAACGUUGUUCUCCGUCCGUCCGUAUCGUUGGUAACGGAGCGGGACCAAUCGGUGACUCGUGAGUCGUGUCGAGCCGAGCCGAGUCGUGUCGAGAUCGAGAUCGAGACCGAACGGUUCCGCGUUACGCGCCGUACACGUUCCUCCGUUCUCUCCUCCGCGGUUCGUUCUUCGUGCUCCUCCUCCUGUUUUGCUUGUUUUCGGUAGUCCUUUUCGGCCGUGUCCAGGCAGCAGCGGCGACAAGCGGCGGCAGCCGGCAACACGCACCGAUUGCGAACGAGAGAGCAGCCGGGCGGUCGGUCGUAUUAGUUCGUACGUUACGUUCCGUUCCGUUCCGUUGUUUGUAUCGUUCGUUGGAUUCGUCGAUUACUCUCUCUCCGCCAGUUGGUGCGUCCGCGACUCGGUCUACACACACACACACACACACACACAGAGAGAGAGAGAGAGACACACAUAUAUUCCCCGUCCAGGGAAUAAUCGAGCGAGCGUAUAUCUCACCGUUUCUCGCUCCCUUUAUCUUUCUCGCCGUCGACCGUACCCCCCGUUUCUGUCUCGCGACGACGUUAUCCCUCUCUCUCUCUAGCUCUAGCUCUAGCUCCUAGCUCUAGCUCUAGCUCUUUACCCCGUGUUUCGUUCCGGCGUACGUACGGUUUUGCGUUCGUUCGUGGUUGCGAGUACGAGUGCCACCGAAACCGCGGAUAAAUGUGUCGGUCACGGUACAAGACGUGAAGCGGGGGCAUACCACGGCAAGUGAGUAUAUUUUUAGUGGCAAGCGCGAAUCGCUAACCAGAGUGGUAUAAACGGCGCGCAGUGGCCUGAUGAAGCGGCGUAUGUGACAUCAAAUUUCUCUCUCUUGCCACCGGGAAACGACACCGAGACAUCUUGCUGACCAUCCGCGCUGUUGGUCUUCUAAUUUACUGGAGGCCAGUGGUGUCAGUGACACCAGAGAAUAAUAGGAGCUGCUAACUUUAAGAAGCGCAGUAGAGUUGGCUUAGGCCAACCUCAGUGGACGAGGCAAAAUGGCAACAAUAGAUGGCCGACCGGCCCAAUAUGGUGUCACUCUUAAGCAACUUCGCGAGCUCAUGGAGUUCCGGGGACGUGAAGGUGUCAAUAAAAUCAAUAGUUAUGGUGGUGUGCAGGAGAUUUGUAAAAAACUAUAUACUUCACCCAGUGAAGGUCUCAGUGGAUCAGCGGCGGAUAUCCAGCAUAGACGAGACACAUUUGGUUCGAAUCUAAUACCUCCAAAACCACCAAAAACGUUUCUACAACUAGUGUGGGAGGCUUUACAAGAUGUUACGUUAAUCAUCUUGGAAGUAGCAGCAUUGGUUUCGUUAGGUCUUAGCUUUUAUCAGCCUGCAGAUGAAGAGGAAACGGGACCUUCGUUUGAAGACGACGAGGCGAAGUACGGCUGGAUCGAAGGACUCGCUAUAUUGAUUUCUGUGAUCGUGGUGGUGAUAGUAACAGCUUUCAAUGAUUAUUCUAAAGAAAGACAAUUUAAAGGCCUCCAGAGUCGAAUAGAAGGGGAACAUAAAUUCUCUGUUAUUCGACAAGGGGAGGUCAAACAGAUCGCUGUGUUUGACAUAGUCGUUGGCGACAUAUGUCAAAUAAAGUAUGGAGACCUGCUACCAGCAGACGGUAUUCUUAUACAAAGCAACGAUCUGAAAGUGGACGAGUCCAGUUUAACCGGAGAGUCGGACCAUGUGAAGAAAGGAGAAGCCUUCGAUCCCAUGGUUCUCUCGGGUACUCACGUGAUGGAGGGCUCCGGAAAAAUGUUAGUAACCGCGGUAGGCGUUAACUCGCAGGCUGGUAUUAUCUUUACGUUAUUGGGUGCUGCCGUUGAUCACCAAGAGCAAGAAAUCAAGAAAAUGAAGAAAGAGGCUAAGAAGCAGCGGAAGAAGAAGUCAUUAACAGGGGACGAAGCUGGUGAGAUCACUGGAAACAGCCAUGUCAGCAGCGGAGCCAAAGCAGAGGCCGGAGAGGGUCAUGCAGUUGGCAGCGCAGGCGGCGGUGGCGAAGGGAAGAAAGAGAAGAGUGUUCUCCAAGCCAAGCUAACUAAACUCGCCAUACAAAUCGGUUACGCCGGCUCGACCAUAGCAGCGCUUACCGUUCUCAUUCUAGUCAUUCAGUUCUGUGUAACGACGUUCGUCAUAGAGAGGAAAACUUGGAAGAAUACGUACGCCGGUGAUCUGGUGCGGCAUUUGAUCAUCGGUGUAACGGUACUGGUGGUCGCCGUUCCCGAAGGUCUUCCUCUAGCAGUCACAUUGUCUCUCGCUUAUUCCGUAAAGAAAAUGAUGAAAGACAACAAUCUGGUACGUCACUUGGACGCUUGCGAAACUAUGGGCAACGCAACGGCAAUCUGUUCGGAUAAGACUGGUACCCUGACAACCAACCGGAUGACCGUCGUUCAGUCGUACAUAUGCGAGAAGAUGAGCAAGUCGGCCCCGAAGUUCUCGGACAUUCCGAACCACAUCGGCAACCUGGUCAUCCAGGCGAUCUCCAUAAAUUCAGCGUACACAUCCCGAAUAAUGCCCGCGCAAGACCCUACAGACUUGCCGCUUCAGAUCGGCAAUAAAACCGAAUGUGCCUUACUUGGAUUCGUAGUAGCCCUGGGCAUGAACUAUCAAACGAUACGGGACGAUCAACCGGAGGAAACCUUCACGCGGGUGUACACGUUCAAUAGCGUUAGGAAGAGCAUGUCCACCGUGGUACCGAGAAAAGGCGGUGGAUAUAGACUUUUCACCAAGGGCGCUUCCGAGAUGAUCAUGAAGAAAUGUGCCUUUAUAUAUGGUCGCGAAGGUCAUUUGGAGAAAUUUACCAAAGAGAUGCAGGACCGUCUGACAAAGAACGUGAUCGAACCAAUGGCGUGCGACGGGCUUCGUACCAUCUCCAUUGCUUAUCGCGACUUCGUUCCUGGCAAGGCAGAGAUCAAUCAGGUUCACGUGGACAACGAGCCGAAUUGGGAGGACGAGGAGAACAUAGUGAACAAUCUGACGUGUCUGUGCGUCGUCGGUAUCGAGGAUCCGGUGAGGCCGGAGGUGCCUGACGCGAUCCGGAAGUGUCAGAAGGCCGGCAUCACCGUCCGUAUGGUGACGGGCGACAAUAUAAACACGGCUCGAUCGAUAGCCCUGAAAUGCGGAAUCCUUAAGCCGAACGAGGACUUCCUGAUCCUCGAGGGCAAGGAGUUCAACAGGAGGAUCAGGGAUAACAACGGCGAGGUGCAGCAACACCUGUUGGAUAAGGUGUGGCCGAAGCUGAGGGUGUUGGCCAGGUCGUCGCCCACGGACAAGUACACCCUGGUCAAGGGGAUCAUCGACAGCAAGGCCACUGCGGCCAGAGAGGUGGUCGCCGUGACAGGCGACGGUACCAACGACGGUCCCGCGUUGAAGAAGGCGGACGUCGGGUUCGCCAUGGGCAUCGCCGGUACCGACGUUGCCAAGGAGGCUUCCGAUAUCAUUUUAACGGACGAUAAUUUCUCCUCGAUCGUGAAGGCGGUUAUGUGGGGUAGAAACGUCUACGAUAGUAUAGCCAAGUUCUUGCAGUUUCAGCUGACGGUGAACGUCGUCGCUGUUAUAGUUGCUUUUAUCGGGGCGUGUGCCGUGCAAGAUUCCCCUCUUAAAGCGGUGCAGAUGUUGUGGGUGAAUCUAAUCAUGGACACGUUAGCGUCCCUCGCAUUGGCCACCGAAAUGCCUACGAACGAUCUCCUUCUUCGCAGACCGUACGGUCGCACGAAACCGCUCAUCUCCAGGACAAUGAUGAAGAACAUCCUUGGUCAAGCCGUCUAUCAGCUGACCGUUAUUUUUAUGCUUCUUUUCGUUGGUGAUAAGAUGCUAGACAUCGAAACUGGCCGAGGGGUGGCCCAGGCUGGCGGCGGUCCAACGCAACACUUCACCGUCAUCUUCAACACGUUCGUCAUGAUGACUCUGUUCAACGAAUUCAACGCCAGGAAAAUCCAUGGUCAGCGUAAUGUCUUCCAAGGAAUAUUCACCAACCCCAUCUUUUAUUCUAUCUGGAUUCUCACGUGUCUAUCGCAGGUAGUUAUCAUACAGUAUGGUAAAAUGGCGUUCAGCACGAAAGCUCUCACUUUAGAACAAUGGAUGUGGUGCCUGUUCUUCGGAGUCGGUACUCUAUUGUGGGGCCAAAUAAUUACGACUAUUCCUACGCGCAAGAUUCCUAAAAUCCUUUCAUGGGGCCGCGGCCAGCCGGAUGAUAUCGGUGCGAUCGAUCUCGGAGAUGAGAAAUUCGACCCUGACUCGGAUAAAAAGCCGCGCAAAGGACAAAUUCUAUGGCUCCGUGGUCUAACACGACUACAGACACAGGUAAUAGGUGGCGAGUUGCAGGAACGUUUGAUACCAGUACCCUACAGCAAGAGUUCGACAGACCAAGCUAUCCGCGUAGUGAACGCAUUUCGGCAGGGCCUAGACGCGCGCUACACGAGCGAGCACAGCAGCACUACCUUUGCGGAAGUACUGAGGAAGCAGUCGUCGUUGAACAACCGGCUCUCGCAGACGAGCAGUAUCGAAUACGCUGAUAACAACCCGGACGAGCUGACCAUACCCGAGAUCGACGUCGAAAGGCUCUCGAGUCACAGUCACACCGAGACUGCCGUUUAGAAUGGGACGGACGGGCAAAGAGUAUAAAAGAAAACUGAACACACGAGGAUCGUCCAGCAGCAGCAGCAAGCAGCAGCAAGCAGCGGCAAGUGGCGGCAGCAGCAGCAGCAGCAGCAGCAGCAAGCAGCAAGCAAGCAUAACAGCAACCAAAUAGCAGUCGCGGCACAAGAAUGCCACGAAAACACGACGGUCAUUCGUUGAGUGUUAACUUUAUUCGAUCACCUCCGACCGAUGUUAAUCAAUAAUCUCUCUCUCCUUGAUUCUUGUUCUCUCGUGGCCGGCGUGUUCGACGAAAUGGGAACCGCUGCUGCGCGCGUCGAUCGUUGAGAUACCUUAGCCUCUUCGAUCCUUGAGAACGAACAGGAUCAUUCCUAAACUAGUCAAGCAAACGAUCGUGACGCAAGUCUUAGGUCCUCGUCAUUCGAACACGGCCGCGACCACGACCACGACCGCGGCCAUCGAACGCGACCGCUGACAGGGACGAUAAUAAAUAAUGUAAUUGUAACCGUUGACGCGAGAGCGAUCGGUCGUCGACGGUCGUGUUCGAGCUCGACGGACGACGAAACGGGAUAUUGGAAUCCGACGAUGACGAUGACCUUCUUGCCCGCGAGAACAUCGUCUCGCGGACUUCGGUCGAUCCGUGCGGAAAACACCAAUUAAUCGAUGCUGCGCGUCCACUCGGGAGCUGUGAACGGGUUUCGCGUAACCUUCGCUCUGCCCCGCCCCGCCCCGCCACGCCUCGGGCUCCACAAGAGUCCGUGUCCGCUGCUGACUGGCUCCACCCCCUCCUGCGAGGGGGCGCGGCCAUGGUUGGCUCCACCCUUUCGCGACCGCGAGAGCCCGGAACCGUCGAGUGGAGGCGCAGCAGAAGAUACCAAAAUAACGCACCACUGCCUUCCCUCUGUUCAGUUGUUACUUACGUUUCUUCUUUCCUCUGUCUCUCUCUCUCUCUCUCUCUCUCUCUCUCUCUCUCUCUCUCUCUCUCUCUCUAUCUAUCUAUCUAUCUAUCUGUCUGUCUGUCUACCUCCGUCUUUCUAUCUCGCUAUCUCUAUCCGUCUCUUUGUUUCCCUUCCCCGAACCCAGCCCACCAUAUUUCUAUUCGUCUAAUUUCUUUUCUCGAAUAUGAUUAUUCGUAGCUUUCCUUCUUCCUUCGACGAAUAAUAAUAAUCUACGCCAACGCGAGAAUGGUUCCUUUCUUCGAUUCUCUUCUUUCCCGUUCUUCUUUCUUUCUUUCUUUCUCUUUUCUUUUCUUUCCGUUUUAAGUGUAACGUAAUGUUAGACCGCAUGGAAUUUAUCGGAGGGGUGUGGGGUGGGGGGAAGAUCUUUUCUACCUGAAGUAAAUGGGUGUAGAUGUCCCCGAGGUUCGUACGAGCUUGCGAGCGUCGAGGAUCGUAGACCAGUGCUGUCCUCCGGUGGACACGUGACCGCGUUCUGUUUGCGUGCAAGGUGUGUAACGCGAUAGAGCGAGAUACAAUGGUGCUAGAGUCCCUGCGAGAGCAAACCGGUCCGUGACGAGGUUUCCUGUGUUGUUUCGUUCGUUUAUUUAUUUGUUUAUUUGUCGUUUGUAUUUCCGUUUGUUCUCCGUCGCGAAACCGCCGUCGAGAGCGACACACACGCGAGGACAGUGUUGACUCGUUCGAUCGGACCCGAACGUUUUGCGCGAACACUGCACAACGCUGUUCCAACGACAAGUCGGCGUAGUCCGCGCGCGAUAAAACGAUAGAUGCCACCGGACGCUAGCCUGACUCGACCCCUUGUAACCGAACGAUCGCGAGACCAUUUGUAUCCAGAGAAAUAUUCAAAGUGUUGCACCCUGUAGAACACGCACACGCAGUACUGUGUUUGUAGGCACAGAGUGCGGGAAGUUCUUUGAAUCCUCGGAGAUUAUGUUGGACUGCACUGUGUUGUAGCUUCUCAUCUCUACCAUCGUUAGCCUCUUUGAAACGAAAAGAAUCACCCCCUGUAUUCUUCUGUCGUUCUCGUUACCUCGCACAACUCUAAUCCACCGCUUCGGUCCCCUCUCUCUCUCUCUCUCUCUCUCUCUCUCUCUCUCUGUAUCUUCUCUCCCCCGAUCCUCCAGUACCACUCUAUUUCUAAAUCUCUCUCGAACACUAAACCACAACUCCUCACCUCUCUCUCUCUCUCUCUCUCUCUCUCUCUCUCAUCCUCGCUCUUUCUCGCGUGACUUAAGGAUGAUCUAGUCACUAGUUUGUAUCGCUAAAUACUUCCGUGAAUAUACUCAGCCCUGGGGGUGCCUUACCGAAAACAAAGUUUAAUGAAGAAACAAAAAAAAACUAACGAUACGAGUGCGCAUUGUUUUUUAGCCUUACUUCGCGUGUUGAACGAGGUUGAUGAUGGACGAAUAUAAAAUGGAUGGGGAAACGAAACGAGAUGAAAUGAAAUGAUACGAAUAGGAAACGAAAAACGAACGAAGGAAUGAAAAACGAGUAAGGAGUUACGAAAAGAAGAGUUUAUUUAGGAGAGCGCGUAAGAAACGCGCACGGGAAUGUUUCGCGCCGAUGUUAUCCCGCGCGUGGGUGUCGCCGUGCGAACAUUUUCGGUACGGGUGUGUUGUUGUUGUUGUUGUUGUUGUUUCGAGGUCCGGAUGAAACACGGACGAGACGAUAGAGAUAUGUUUGUCCGGAUACACGCGUGUCCUCGUAGGUAAAGGGCAUCGAUUCGAACGAAGGGAAAACGGAUGCCACGACAUUGCCAUUAAUUACGCUUAAAUCGAUACGAAGAUCCUGAUAGUAAAGACGUAAUCACGCCACGGUACGAAACACUCGCAUGUACUUUUAGUAAUAAAUAUAUAGCUACGAUCUACCCAAAUCAACGAGAGACGCAACGUUCUUUCGACGAGACAUCCUACGCACAGUAUUCCCUCCCUAUAAUCGCACCGCUCGAGACUGGUCUCGCGUGACCGUAGAGAGCAGUGGUCGCGGUCCCACGACGGCUCCAACAUUUCUCUAUUUCUCUCUAUCUCUCUUUCUCUCUCCCUCUCUCUCUCUCUCUCUCUUUCUCUCUCUCUCUUUUUCUCUAUCUCUCUGGUUCUCUCUGCGUUCCCGCCCACCCAUUGCCACGCCCUCCUCUCUCGCUCCGUCGAACCGUCGCGUCAGCAAGACUGAAGCAGGACCCGCCCACUGUGCUGACCAAUCCCCUCGCGCGUGCUGGGGAUCACGACGCGAGCGUUACGUGGUUAACGAGGCGCGAUUAUACGCAGUGAAUACUGUGUAUCGCUGUUUUCUUCACCUUUGUUUCUUGUUUUAUAUUUCUUUCUUAUUAAUUAAUCAAUUGUCCCGACUCGUUUAAUUGUUCUAAAAAUCCCAGCGUACGUGAUCAAACGAUCAAGAGAACGGAACAGAGAAAACGUUCGCUUAUCUCCCGUCUCAGCGUGGCUAUACUGUAAUUAUUCUCAGGACCUAUCGAUUUCAAUAAUCGGGAACGAAGUCGGUGAAAACGAAACCAAAUCGAGAAUACUGUCUCCUCGCUCCAAUGCUGUUCGAUCGCGCGAUCCGAUUGCGAUUAUCCGCGGAAUAUUCGAAUGAGUGUAAUCACACACACACACACACACACACACGACAUACCCAUGAACACUUACACAUGCAAUACUCGGAACAGUACUUGCCGGAGUGAAUAAGCGCAAGCAGAAGUUCAACAAAUGUUUUACAUCGUGUGCUGCACAAUUAUUUGCGUCAAAGUUUCGCGAGACCAUUGAAUUUCCGUUCGGACUAUUUUAAAUAUAUAAAACAGUUGUUAACUUCUGCUCUGACUCUGAACGGAAUCCUCCGACCGCGUGUCGCUGUUCCAACGUUCGAAGGAAGAUCGCGACGCGUGUCGAUCGAGCCUUCGCGAAAUCGGUAGCCCAUCCAUCGAAUCCGUGAGAUCGUGCAAUACAUGUUAUAAAUAUGUGGUGUUCGUUCGUGUUCCAGUUUCCGUUAAAACGAAAAUUCGGUCGAAAAGAAAAAAAAACGUGAACUCUACGACUCGUCUCACGGUAGCUCGCGUAAUACAGUCGCGUUACACGGACACGAUUUUUUCGUAGGUCCGUCAAAGAUUGUAUAGGACUUAGUUUGAACAGGCUUUACGAGGCCUAUUUAUUGCACUAUAUUCUAGUCUUAAGCACUCUAUAUGCCUUACACUGCCAGUUACAAAGACGCGCUGUUCUUACGGUUACCUUCGCGGUAUUACGCGUGUACCAGCACGCGUUUCUAUGCGUACAACGCGCAUACUAGGCUCGACGACGCGUCCACGUCGCGAUAAUCUCAUUUCAACUUGAAUCUCUUCGUCGUCGAAUCCUCCGACGUCUUACACUCGAUACAAUCUCGUAUAACCUCUGUGAAAGCGCCAAGUGUCCAAGGUCACUGGAUUCACUGCUCCAACUUCAAGUCGAAUGUUGGGGGUAGUGACUUUGAACCAGCAAUCGCAACGUUUUUCUCUGCCUUUAUUUCAGACUCUUUCACUCACUCUCUCUCUCUCUCUCUCUCUCUCUCUCUCUCUCUCUCUCUCUCUCUCUCUCUCUCUCUCUUGCUCGCUCAAUUUCGUUAUACCCAACGACGAUCUCUGUCCUUCUAGUCGGGACUUCGAAAUCUGCACAAAAAGAAGAAUCAAUUCGCGAGAAACAUGACGAACAAAAACGACCGCUACCAAUUUCGCGCAGGCUUCGAUAGAUGCGAUCGCGUCUCGGUGCGGUAUCGAUGGAGAAACUGGACCCAAGGAGGAAACGCGUAUUGCGAUAUAGAAAUAUACGAAAGACGUACGAUAUCGACCGGCCGCGAUCGGAAUUGUUUACUCUCCGAAUCGCCGAUCGAAAUUGCCGCGUAUUUCGCGCGAGAAUUCGCGCUCGGUCCCGGUCGGCCGAACUUCGUUUACGUUCACAUACACACACACGCGCACAGGCAGACACACACAUAUACACGACACGCGUUAAAAAAACGAUAUCUUACUGUUAUCGAAAUCUUUGCAUGCUCGAUACCACCGUUACCGUUAUCGUCGUUUUCUUUUGCUCUGCCAUCGUUGUAAUAUCUGUUCGCGUUAUCGUUUUUCGCCCGCCGUCGAGAAUAAUCGCGCCACGUUGUCAUAGUUGUGUCAUCGUUGUCGCGAGAACAAAAAAAAAGAAGUAGAAAACGCUACACGAAGGAAAAUGGUCUAGCGAAACGGGAAGCAGAAAAGUUUGAGAAAGCGACAAAAAAACACGAGCUAAGAGAAAAUCGUAAUAUAAUCGACUCGUCUCACACAUGUCCCGUCCCUAACUCGCGAUAAUAUAUAAUCAUCAAAACUUUUUACGCUCCGGUUGUUCUUACUCUGUACUCUGUAUUUAAACGCGACUCGCUAUUAUUUAAGUAUUGUGUAGAUUAAUCCGCGCGCGAAAACAAGUAGAGAAAGAACAAACCGAAACGCGGCAGGAAGAGAGAAUAAAUACUGGUCGUGACGACGACGACGACGACGACGACGAAACGGCGGGAAGUCUAAGGAAUUAAAAAAAAAAAAACGAAAUAUGAAACGGAAGCGAGAGCGAAUGCUUUCCGGAUGUUUUCGGACGAGUAGCGUGCUUGCGAGGAAGAGGGCCACGCCCUCGACGGUAGGCGUGGCCGCGCCCACUUGGCGUCGGCGUUGGCGUUAGCGUGCGGAGAUAGGUCACGCCCGCCGCGACCGGUAGUUAGAGACCUAGAGGGGCGAGACACGCCUCCACCGAGGUGGGUGGCAGGCGAUCGGCCUCGGAGAAGCAUAAUGUUGUAUAUACCUCGCGAGAAAUCGACUCUGGUACGGAAAUCCUGUGAAUCGGCCGAUAUCUACCAGGGGACGUCUGUGUUAUCCAGCUCUCCGUUUAUCUUCUUCGUUUGUCUGCGACGUAACCGCGAGCAAGAACGAAGCCGAGAAAAAGAACUAGGAACGAAGAUGGAACGAGACGAAACGGGAACAAGGUGGAUAAGAGAGACGACGGCCGAAAAUCAAUCUCUGCGUAACAAUGAAACAAAAGAACCGUUCUCGUUCAGCGGUACCGGUACAUGUAUAUCGCCUCGAUCCGUGAAAACAGUUCGACGUCUCGCGUUUCGAUCCCAAUACGAAAUUGAGAACCGUUUUCACCCAACAAAUUGUACAUAUACUAUAUAUAUAUACACACACACGCAUACAUGCAUAUAUAUAUAUAUAUAUAUAUAUAUACACAUUCGCGCGCGCAUAUGUAUCUACAUAUAUAGAUAUAUGUAUAUAAUUUAUAUAUACUAUAUGUGUAUAUGAUACGCGUGUGUACGCGAGCCUCCAGCCUUUAAACGAUUAGCGAUCGUUGGAAUCCUUUUGCGCGAUAGACGCACCGAUGAAAAUUGCAUUGUCUGCAAAUAGAACAAGAUCUCCGAAGUACUUUUUUUUCAAUAGCGAUAGUCUCGCAAACUGUUCGUUAACGUUACAAACCGAGUCCGCGCGGGACCUUCGCUGCCACGUUGCUGCCAAUGUUUGUUUCGAUCGUCGCGUCGCACCAGCGCGUGUGCAAAAAGGAUUCCACCGAUCGACGGAGCUAUCCGAUGCUUUUCUUUCUGUUUUUUUUUCUUUUUUGUUUUGAUCGAACAAGGGAAGAGAAGAACUAAUGGAACUCGAAUAGCCGCGACGACACAUUGUAUAUCCUUGUAAAGUAAACCUCAUCGUUGUACCAGAAAGUUGAACAAAAACGGCGAAGAGACGAGCGGGAGGGGGCGGGGUCGCGCGACGGCCACAACCCCUUGCGGUAGCAUCGCAACCGUUCCUCGGUGAUCCCAGAUCACGGGACUCGUUCCAGCAGUUUCGAGCGAAUCCACGUAAGGACCAUUCGACAGAAACCUCGUUCUCUGUUCCGCGUGGGCGUGACAAUUCGAGCAACGAGAAAACAAAUUUCUGUUCGGAAAUGGUUCCCUCCGAUCUGGCAUCACCGACCACUAUCGUAGCAAACCGAAACGUACCACUGCCUGCGGUACCGAGACGCCGGAUGUUGACACUUUCCUCGUACUGGCAUUUAGCAUACACUCUGCAGUUUCUCUUGGUUUCGCGUUCCGCCAUUCUUCGAUAAUCGUACUUUGCGUGCCUCGAUAUUCUCCUAUCUUUUCUCUUUUUCUUCUCGAUAUUCUCCCCUCCGCCGCCCCUGCCGCUCUCUUUUCUCUCUGUCUCCCUCUCGCUUUCUUAUUCUCAGAGCAUCGUAGCUGUCAAGGUCGAGAGCCCGCUGUUUUCGAGUCGCAGGAGAAUAUCGAUGCGCGUAUCGGAUCGAUCCUCGCGUCCUUGUACCAUAAGCAAUAAGAAAGACGAAGCAGAGAAAAGAAACGAGGAGGAAACGUUGAGAGAGAGGGGGAACGAUAUUCGCGAGGGACUGAUUCGACGAUCAGCGAAUGAUCUCUGAUAUGGACGCUGGAACCUAACAUCUUCGUGCUACAUCGAUCGUAUUCGUUCGAAGCGCACCGACGAGAACAGAGAGAUUACGUUUGUGAAGCUGCGGUUACGGCAGGCGAUCCCAGAUAAACGAUUCCAAAUUCCCUCGUUAACCGCGCCCACCCGCCUCUUUGUUAUUUACCGGGGAUUCCGCUACGUCGGAGGACGUGGCCAGGAACAAGAGACACGCGGACCGUUUUCUAUUUUUCGUUUGCGUGCCUGUAACCGCAGCCGUGAUGGAUUGCGCGCGAGAAAACGAGACCGCUCUGCUCCCGAUCGAGUAGGGUUUUGGUCUAGCAGAGCACAAAAAUCUGAAAAUAUGAAAGAGGUAUCUUUUGAGAAAGUUAGUCGUAAAAUGCACGCGCGUGUCAUGCGAAGAUUGUAAGUUACCGAGCGCCAAUAGUUCCUACCGGGGACUCCCUCCUUUAGGUCUCAGCGGUCACAGAGAAAUUUCUUGGAAACUCUGAACGAUGGAGAGAAACCACGUUAAAAAUCUAUCGGAAUCGUGCUUCGUCUCUGCUUCGAUGCUUCUUUUUGGUAACUUGUAUCGCGCGAUCGUGAGCGUGAUCGAUUCGAUAGCGACAAUACGAUUGUACGGCCUCUUACGAUCGCUGCGUGACACGCGCGCGCACACACACACAGAGACACAGUACAGGCACCUAGCGUCCUCCGUUCCACCCCCAAGCCCCCACGUUACCCACGUUGUUAGAUUCUCGUCAUUUAUUUUAGUAAAAGUGCAAGGUCACAAAAGUACGAUUCAGAAUGUUAUAACAUGGUGGACAGUUUUCUGUAAAAAAGCAAAAAAAUUAAGGAAGAAAAAAAUACGCCGAGGUCCCUAUCGCCGACACUGUCGUGUCUUCGUUGUUAAUCGAGUCGGCAGAGAUGGGCUACAUUUUCCUCGAGAUAGCAUAACGAUAAUAAUAGUAAUACCGAUAAUAUUAAUAUUAAUAAUAUUAAUGAUAAUAGUAGUAAACAUCGUUUGUGCGAAUUCACGUUUUUAGCAUGACGAGGGUUUAAACAGACAUUCGUUUCCUUUAUCAAGUAUUUUAUUAAAAUCGAGAAUAAAAAUGAAGAAAAUUUAUUAAGGUUUGUUAAAGUUUUCGAUAAAUGUAACGCGUGCAAACGUCGAUGUUCGCGAUCUAUAGGCGAACAGAGUGCAGUAUGUACAGGGUGUCCCAGGAUUUCCGGCCAAACUGAACCCUGUCUGCUCUAUGAACGAAACACGAGGCGAGAGAAGAGUUAUAAUGACAAACUGUAUUAAAAAGUUCUAAUAAAAACAUCGAGUGUGCAGGAAA